UUACGUGCUGACGAAUCGAGUAUAAUUAAAUUGCAAAACAACACAGUAAUAACAAGGAGGCUCAAGUGAUUGCAAAGCAGAAUAGUACGCGCAAAAAGGAGACGUAAAAAUCAAAAGAAAUCACACAGUCACAGUCCCAACAUAAAAAAAUGACUGAAAUGCAAAUGGAUUGUGCACUGGAUCUUAUGAGACGACUGCCGCCUCAACAGAUCGAAAAGAAUCUGAUUGAUUUAAUCGAUUUGGCGCCCGAUUUGUGUGAGGAUCUGCUGUCGUCGGUGGAUCAACCGUUGAAAAUCGCCAAAGACAAGGAGCAUGGCAAGGACUAUCUGCUGUGCGACUACAAUCGCGAUGGUGACUCGUAUCGUUCGCCCUGGUCCAACACUUAUUAUCCACCGCUGGAGGAUGGCCAGAUGCCAUCGGAACGUUUGCGUAAACUGGAAAUCGAAGCGAACUACGCGUUCGACCAGUACCGGGAAAUGUACUACGAGGGCGGCGUCUCGUCGGUGUAUCUGUGGGAUUUGGAUCAUGGAUUUGCCGCUGUGAUAUUGAUCAAAAAGGCGGGCGAUGGCAGUAAAAUGAUACGCGGCUGCUGGGACUCUAUACACGUGGUGGAGGUGCAGGAGAAGACAACGGGCAGGACGGCGCACUAUAAACUGACGUCGACGGCAAUGCUGUGGCUGCAGACAAAUAAACAGGGAUCGGGCACAAUGAAUUUGGGCGGUUCGUUGACCCGACAGACGGAGCAGGAUGCAAAUGUGAGCGAAUCGUCGCCGCAUAUCGCCAACAUUGGCAAAAUGGUCGAAGAGAUGGAGAACAAAAUGCGCAAUACGCUGAAUGCCAUCUACUUUGGCAAGACCAAGGAUAUUGUGAAUGGCUUGCGAAGCACACAAUCGCUGGCCGAUCAGCGUGAUCAGGCGGCCAUGAAACAGGAUCUGGCUGCAGCAAUAUUGAGACGCAAUGUCAAACCCGAAUCGAACUGAGCUGUUAAGUUGUUGGCGCCCCUUAAACAAAAACCCGAAAGCGAAAGGCAUUACAAGUAUAUAUACAAAAUAAUAGGGACAAUUCACGACACUUGGCCGCGUCAUUAUUCAAGAUUUAUAAACUAUAUACGCAUUUCUAGGCAUUAAAUUUGUUAAUGAGAGAGAAUCAUAAAUGAAAUUGUUAAAUGAGAAAAACGUAUUAAUGUAAAUUUCCACAUUUCCCGCCCCAUGUUGCAAAUUGAAGUCCACAUUUGAAUGUUUUGUUUGCCCCAACUAAAAAAAAACGAAAAGAAACAACGCGCCAACUUUAACCGCC